AUGGGGAUGAAAAACCUCAUUCAAGAAAAGGGUUCCUUGAAGCGUGAAGAGGGCAAGAUUUUGCGUGUCCAGCUAGAGUUGAACCAGCUGAAAUCUGAGCUUGACCACAAGAUCACUGAGAAGGAAGAAGAAAUCGAGCAGCUGAAAAGAAAGAGCCAGCGGGCAGCAAAGGCCAUGCAAAGCGUGCUGGAUGCUGAGAUCUGGAGCCGGAAUGUUGCUCUGAGGCUGAAGAAGAAGAUGGAGAGAGACCUCAGUGAGAUGGAGAUUCAGCUGGGCCACUCCAACCGCCAGGUGGCAGAGACCCAGAAACACCUGUGCUCAGUCCAGAGCCAGCUCAAGCUGCAUCUGGAUGACGCCCUGAGGAGCAGCGAGGACCUCAAGGAGCAGCUGGCCCUCGUGGAGCGCAGGAAUGGCCUCUCGCUGGAGGAGCCGGAGGAGAGGAAGGUGGCCCUGGCGCGGACGGAGCGCACCCGCAAGCUGGCGGAGCACGAGCUGCUGGAGGCCAGCGACCGCGUGCAGCUCCUUCACUCCCACAACACGUGCCUGAUAAAUACCAAGAAAAAACUGGAAGCUGACAUAGCCCAAUGCCAGGCAGAGGUGGAGAAGUCUAUCCAGGAGUCCAAAAAUGCAGAGGAGAAGGCCAAGAAGGAUGUCACGGAUGCGGCCAUGAUGGCCGAGGCGCUGACAGAGAAGGAGCAGGACACCAGCGCCCACCUGGAGCGGAUGAAGAAGAACCUGGAGCAGACGGUGAAGGACCUGAAGCACCGCCUGGACGAGGCUGAGCAGCUGGCCCUGAAGGGUGGCAAGAAGCACAUCCAGAAGCUGGAGGCCAGGGUACGUGAGCUUGAAGGAGAGGUUGAAAGUGAGCAGAAACGUAAUGCUGAGGCUGUUAAAGGUUUGUGGAAACACGAGAGAAGAGUAAAGGAACUCACCUACCAGACUGAGGAAGACCGCAAGAAUGUUCUCAGGCUGCAAGACCUGGUAGAUAAAUUACAGGCAAAGGUGAAAUCAUACAAGAGACAAGCUGAGGAGGCUGAGGAACAAUCCAAUGCUAAUCUUGCCAAAUUCCACAAGCUCCAGCACGAGCUGGAGGAGGCCGAGGAACGGGCUGACAUUGCCGAGUCCCAGGUCAACAAGCUGCGGGUGAAGAGCCGGGAGAUUCACAUACAAGUCAGUGCAGAGUGA